GUACGUCCUUUCUAGGCUGUAAUAGCAAGAACUAUAUGUUAUGGCUCUUCAAUGGUUUCUCAUUCUCAGUCUCAUGAGCAGUAUUCUGCUAUUUGUUGACGUUACUCAGUCAACUUCUCAGGAUGCCCGAAAGGCUUAUAUUGUGUAUAUGGGCGGCAAGCCAAAGACUGGGGUGCUAGUAACACCUGAUCUUCAUGUGAAAAUCCUACAAGAUGUGGUUGACAGCAACAACCUUGAUGUUGCUCAUGAAGCUCUGCUUCUUCACAGCUACAAGAGAAGUUUCAAUGGAUUUGCUGCAAUGCUCACAGAACAAGAAGCACAAAAACUAGAUGGAAUGAAUGGUGUAGUGUCUGUCUUCCCAAGCGAACGGAGGAGUGUCAAAACAACAAAGUCAUGGAACUUCCUCGGAUUUCCAGAAACAGUUAAGAGAAGUGCCCUCGAAAAGGAUAUCAUCGUCGGAGUGAUAGACAGUGGAAUUUGGCCAGAGUCGGACAGCUUUAGUGAUGCUGGUUUCGGUCCUCCACCCAAAAGAUGGAAAGGCAAAUGUCAAGGAAAUGGCGACUUUACUUGUAACAAUAAAAUUAUUGGAGCACGUUACUACCGUGCUUCUGGAGAUUUCGAAGGAGAUUUUGAGUCUCCAAGAGAUGCAGCCGGUCAUGGUACCCACACUGCAUCUACAGCAGCUGGGAAUAUAGUGAGCAAAGCUAGCCAAAAUGGUUUAGGCUUGGGAACAGCAAGAGGAGGAGUGCCAUCAGCACGUAUUGCUGUGUACAAAGUAUGCUGGAACGGCGAGACCGGUUGUGAUGAUGCUGACGUACUAGCAGCAAUGGACGAUGCCAUUGCUGACGGUGUCGACAUUCUCUCUAUGUCCGUCGGAGGCAACAUUCCAUUUGAUUAUUUGAGAGAUUCAUUUGCAAUUGCGACACUUCACGCUACCAGAGAAGGGAUACUAUGUUCCAUGGCCGCUGGGAAUGAAGGUCCGAAAGAAAAAUCCGUGACGAACUUUGCACCAUGGCAACUUUCUGUUGCUGCUUCCACCAUAAACCGUCAGUUUAUCACCAAGGUGCAAUUGGGUAAUGGAAAAAUCUAUGAGGGACUAAUUUUUCCUAACCAAAUUGACCUCAAGGGUAAGUUCUAUCCUUUAGUUUAUGGUGGAGAUGCACCCAAUAAAACAUUAGGCAACGACACAGUCUCCGCCAGGUAUUGUUGUGAUGGCUGCUUAGACAAAGAUUUGAUCAAAGGCAAAAUUGUGCUGUGUGAUGGCCCUCUAGAUGAAGCCGGGAUUGGAGCUAUAUUGGGUGGCGCAGCCGGAGUUAUUCUGACAAGCCAAAAGUUGCAUGAUGAUUUGCUUGGCCCUGUUCCCGUGGCUGCAUCUUAUGUUGGAUUGGAAGAAAAUAGCAACAUCUAUAAAUACAUAAGCUCAACAAGGAACCCAACUGCAACUAUAUGGAAAUGUGAAGAGAUUGAUGACGUAUUGGCUCCAUAUGUGCCCUUCUACUCAUCAAAGGGUCCAAAUCCGAUCAGUCCCAACAUUCUCAAGCCAGAUAUAGCGGCUCCAGGAAGUUACAUUCUAGCAGCAUAUCCUCCAACUAGUGUUGGCAAUAGAGGUAGAUACAAUUUCUUAACAGGGUCAUCAAUGGCGUGCCCCCAUGCGACGGCCGUAGCUGCAUAUGUCAAAUCGUUUCACCCUAAAUGGUCGCCUGCUGCUAUUAGAUCGGCUCUCAUGACUACCGCCAAACCUAUGAGUGCCAAAACUAGCCCUCUUGCUGAAUUUGCAUAUGGAGCUGGCCUAAUAAACCCAUCUAGGGCUCCAUAUCCUGGUUUGGUUUACGAUCUUGAUGGACAAGACUACAUAGCAUUUUUGUGUUCACAAGGAUACAGUGGCAAACUAUUGCAAGCCAUAUCUGGGGAGAAGACUAGCUGCUCAUCAUCAAAUUUUAAUAACGGAACAGCCAGUGACCUAAACUAUCCUUCUUUUACUCUUUCCAUCAAGGAUCCGAAAUCCGUGAAUGGUGUUUUUCAUAGGACGGUCACGAAUGUUGGAUCGUGGAAUUCAACAUAUAAAGCUAAAGUGGUAGCUCCAUCAGGACUCAAAGUAAGUGUGAUCCCAAGUGUUCUAUCAUUCACAGCUCUUGGACAGAAGAAGUCUUUUGUGGUCACAAUAAAAGGACCAAUGGAGAAAUCAAAUAUAGUCUCUGCGUCUUUGGUAUGGGAUGAUGGUGCUUUCCAAGUCAGGAGCCCCAUCGUCGUCUAUGUUGCCGCUUAGAGACCACGCUUUUUAGCAUCGAAUAAUUAUAAGUCUUGUGUGUCUGAAGUUUCAUCACUACGAGCAUUAAAACCCGAAAACUAAAGCUACAUUGGGAGAGCGUCCCAAGUCUAUGUUUGCCACUUUCUAUCUAGUUUUCUUCAAAUUAUGUACUGUUAAUGAAAUAAAACUAUCUUUGAGUA